GGUUUUUUUUUUAGCAUCUGUGAAGUUUCAGAGGCGGCGAUGUGAAAACGAGGGAAUAACGGUUUUCUGAGGAGGAUUUUGAUUAUUUGAAAGGAUUUUCUGUAGAGAUAAAGACCAGACUUGAGCAGAAAGGAUGAUUUUAGUGACGUAUUUGUCGUUUUUGUUGAUAAUUUCGUCGGUGAGAGCAGCGAAAACCGAAGGCGACGAUGAGUGGGUUCAUCUUCCCAACAAAUGUGAAGUCUGUAAGUUUGUCAGCAUCGAGAUGAAGUCUGCGUUUGAAGAAACGGGGAAGACCAAAGCCGUCAUCGAGAGCAACUACAACUUCAUAGACGGGAAGGGGGCUCCGCCUGUCAAAUACGUCAAGUCAGAUCUCCGGUUCAUUGAGGUGGUAGAGAACGUGUGUCAGCGCCUGCUGGACUACAACCUGCACAAAGAGAGGACCGGCAGCAACCGCUUCGCCAAGGGCAUGUCGGAGACCUUCUCCACCCUUCAUGGUUUGGUGAAUAAAGGCGUGAAGGUGGUGAUGGACAUCCCCUACGAGCUGUGGAACGAGACGUCCGCCGAAGUGGCCGACCUUAAAAAGCAGUGUGACGUGAUGGUGGAGCGCUACGAGGAGGUGAUCGAAGACUGGUACAAAGGAAACCAGGAGGAGGACCUGACCACCUACCUGUGUGAGAAGCAUGUUCUUAAAGGAGAAGACGCAGCCUGUCUGCAAGAAAACUGGAGUUCAAAGAAGAAGGGGGACCCGGCGGCCAUCGCCGAGGACACGAAGAAGAAGAAGAAAAAGAAGGGGGGGAAGAAGGGUAAAGGCAGGGGGGAGGAAGAAGGAGGCGGGGCCGGCGGCCCUGAGAAAGAGAAGCUGACGAAGAAGAAGAAGAAGGACAAGGUGAAGAAGAAGAAGAAGGGCCAGGCUCCCAUGGAGAAGAUGGACGCAGGCGUGACGUCGGACGAAGAGUUCCAACCACAGGAGCCUCUUUCUGGGCUGAAGACGGAGCUGUGAGUCUGGGUCUCAGUCUGGUACCAGAACCGAGGUUCUGUUUGCCGAGUGAGAACUUUUCUGUCAGGUUUGAUGAUCAGAAAUUAGACUUUUAAAAUGUUUUCAGGACCUCCCUCACCUUUAACGACUCGGUACAAUCUUUUUACUAACUCCAGUUUGGUUUCAGUUUCUUGGAUUUUAUUUUGAAGUUUGAUUUUAUUUUAUUUUUUUUAUUUUUUAUUAAUUUUUUUGUUCUGUAGUGAAAAACAUCUUCAAUCCAAACUUCAUUCCACUUCAUUAUAAGAGAUGAAAAGCUGAAUUUCAGGAGACUUUUAGAUGUUGCAUUUGAGUUUGAGACUAACAGACUGUAAAACAAGACAUGGUUUAUUUUUAAAGGGGCAGUAUCAU